AUGUCAACCUUUUUCGAGUCAAAUUUUGGAAGUCGUAAUUCUUCGACUUUUGAAGCUUUUAAGAAUGUGAGUGAUCUCACCAAGCCCAUACAACAACAUUUGAUCAAAGUUUACGCGACACUUGCAACAGCCUGUUUGAUAGCUGCCGUUGGAUCAUAUGCGCACAUUUCGGGUCUCUUCUUAUUUGGGGGCGGUCUUCUUUCAUUUUUAAUAGGUUUUGCUUCGUUGAUAGGAAUUAUGGCUUUUCCUGAUAUACCUGAUAACAAGAAUUUACGUUAUGGCCUUUUAUUUAAUUUCGCCUUCAUGGAAGGAUUAUCAAUUGGUCCAUUGGUUGAUUACGCACUUCAGAUUGAUUAUUCGUAA